AUGUCUGCAUCAAAGAUCUUUUAUUCACCAUCACGCUCGAAUGUUAAUGUUUCAAAUGUGUAACCAUAUGGAGGAGACAGAGCACUUUCACCUAGCAGAGCCAAAAUAUCACAGUUAUCAGAAAAACUGUCUAAUCUUUAGCAUUAGAUUGACGAAGAUCAAGCUUUUAAAAAAGAAACUUUUGAAAGCAAGAUUAAAAUUCUAGAAGACAGAGCAACCAAAUAAGCUCAAGGAGAUGAUUCUAAGUUCAAGUUGUUGAAGGAAUAACUCUAAAAGGUUGAAGAGGGCGCUUAAAAUGAAAAAAUCAUUAGAGAAGCUGGAGAUGAGAAAUUGAGAUCAAAAGAUUUAAAGGGAUUAGAAGGAUUUUUGAAUAAGGAAUUAUAAUCGGAAAAAAUAAAUAGAAAAGAUUUUGAAGGAAAAAUAAUUAAGAAUACAGAUGAUAAGGUUUAUAGCUUAAAAUUGGAUUUGGCUAGAUAGAAGAAAUACAGAGAGGAAACUGAAGAAAAGAAUGCUUAGGAGAUUGGAGAUCGUAUUUUAUAAUUAUAAGAAGAAGUAGAGGAGGAGAGAAGAUAAAGAGAAUAGUAAAAUCAAAACACAAUAAAGAGAUUGGGUGAUUCUAUCUUGAAAUUGUAAGAGAUCUUGACCACUGAAAAGAAACAAAGAGAAUAAGCCCAAGGCUAAAUGUUCAGAAUGUUAGAUGAAAUGAACCACUAUUUGAAUAGCGAAUUAACUAGUGAAAAGAAUGAAAGAGAAGCAACAGAAGAGAGUUUGAUCAAUUUGAUCGAUCAAACAUGCAACAGAGUUGAAAAUUCAUUGAGAAAAUGAUAUCAUAUAUCUUAAUACAUUUAAUUUUAAAUAAGAUCUAAUUC